AUCUUACGUGACUUACAUUAUAUAUGCAUUUUAUAAUAUUGCACUUUCACAUAAAGUCCUACCUUAGAAGAACAUUUUGAAAAACUAAAAGCUUCUCAUAAACAAUGGAACCAUUUGUCCAAGUAUUCUUCGCUAUCGAUAAGGAUGGAACUGAGACAAUUUCAAUUAAAGAAUUACAAAAUUAUGUUGCUGCUAAUAAACUUGAUGAGAAAAUGGUUACAAAAUGGCAACAACUGUUUGAUCCAAACAGAACUGGAAAGAUAACUUUCCCUAAAUUCUGCGAAGUUUUAGGUUUGAGUCCAGCACAAGCAGUUGCAAUGAAAACCCAACAACAACAAGCAGCAGGUCUUAAACUCCACCCUGAUGUCAUUGUAAUCUAUGAACAACUUCCAUUGGAUAAACAAGUGGAAAUUAGUAAUAAAACACGUGAAUUGAAUGCCUCAUCGCCUAGGAAACUUGAUGAAAAAGAACAAGCUGUCAAACUGAAAGAAUGGUUAGACAAAACCUAUGGUAAAGCAUGGCAUGUUGUCAUUGUCAAAGGCUCAUUUUGGAGUAGCUAUUCCCACAGCGCCAAUAAGUGUUUCAUGUAUCGUAUAGGUGAAUUUUCUUAUUUAGUAUGGAGGACACCUGAUGAAGAAGUCAACAGCAGUGAUUAAGAUACUAUUUUUUUCUUCUAACGCAUAUAAAUUAAAGACAAGGCCAUAAAAAACUAUUUAUUACUCUGUUAGCUACUGUAACACAAACAUGUUUCUAUCUGCUUACUUCAAAAGAAAAAAUCAAAGUGAUUUUUACAAAAAAAUCUUUUUCUUUGAAUUCCCUCCAAUUUUAUAGACAAAUUUUAAACAAAAACAGAGUGAUGGUAAUUAGUUAUUGAUUGCCAAACAACUGAAUAAAUUCUUUUAAUAAAAAUUCA